CUACGAGGAGAACCAGGAGCGACGCAGCGUGACUGUGCCGCUCGAGCGCCCGGCGCCGGGCACCGCCGACUACCAGGUGCUCUUCAAGUUCACGUGUAUGAACACGUGCGUCGGUGGCAUCAACCGCCGCCGAUUGAUGGUGGUGUUUACGCUGGAGGAGAUCGACUCGGGCGUCGCGCUGGGCCGCCAGGCGAUAGAGGUCAAGGUGUGCCGGUGCCCGCAUCGCGACUGGCGCGCCGACGAGAAGCGCCGCGGCCAGCAGUUGAAGGUGCCGGUGAAGAGGCGCCGCGAGCCGUCGCCGGGGCCCGGCGGCCAGCGCGGCCGCUGGAUGGUCGAGGCCCGCAGCGAGGCCAUGUACAACUACUUGGUGGCGGUGCGCGACAACCUGGAGCAGUACGACCGCGACCGCGCUCCGGCUGCCGAGCACGACCCGGUCGGCGACGGCACGCCCGUCACUCUGCGCCGCCAGCCCACCGCGCCCGUCAGAGCCGAUCUGGAGUAGGAGCCGCGGGACUGGCGGCGUCACUGUGGCGGCGGAGGGGAUGGGAAGGCCUCGGCUCACAGAGAUUGAAGCCAGCUCCGCGAGCUCCGUUCGGUGGUGUGAUUCGAGAGUGGACAUUCUGCGUGCGAAUGGGCUGUGGCGAUACCCGCGUCUGUAGGCAUUUGGAGGGAUUCCGCAGGGCGUGCAAGGGCGUGCCUGCGCUAUUUUGGCCAUAACUCCCUGCAUGUGUUAUAUGACUGCAUUUGCAUCAGUUUUGUAGAUUAGGUUCGUUUGUUCUGCGAUUCCAGGAUGUCGACAUCCUUGAUAACGACCGAGUUCGCAUGUGCAUCGUUGUGUCUGUAGUGUUAACGCAGCAGUCGAAGAAGCGUCAUCUGAUGGAGAUUAUUCGGCUGCUUCGAAUACGAGGAUGACCGAGGAGGCUCUGGGCGAUAGUUUUUCUUUAUUAGGUGGCCGCCGCGGGCGGCGGCUGUUCGUACUGACUUUGUCAUGAAUGCGCUUUGUUCAAUGGACGGAUUCCGUAUGGGAUUUUUAUUCUUGUCUCUUAGUUGCGACAUCACGCGCGACGCUUGACCCAGUUGGCCUCAGCAGAGUUCGGUUGCAUUUAGUCAAUUAUCUUCACUUCGCGUGAACAGCUAACUUACUCUAAUGUUUUGAUAUUCAGCGCUAUGGCGGCUGCGCCACACUCGAAGCAGUAGCAGAAUCUGUUCAUCGUUGAGAAAUGAUCCCAUCGCCUGUUGUUACCAUCGCCCAAAUCCAGAAUGAACACCAUAU